CCUGGUCCCAAUAUCCCCAAAGGAUAUCCGAGUCUAGUCGAUCAUUCUUGUCCCAUCCGAUCAGACAAGCGACCCCCGUGAAGAUGUUUGAUUUGAUCCUUGGACCUGGCAGCUGCUCCCAGGCUUCCCAGCACGGCCAGCCACGAUGCUCUUGUUGACACUGCCCGUGUUAGUCGCCGCGCUGUUUCUGCAGGGCAAGUUCUCCGGGCAGCCCGCGCUGGCCAGCACCCUCUAUGGCCUCGUCUUCCUCAGCGCCUGUAGCGCCAUUGUCUUCCCGCCCGACUCUGGGGACUUUGUCAAGUACACCAAUGCCUUUCUUUCCGCCUCGUUAAUCAUCCGCGCCGUGGAACUGCUCCUCGUCCAAGACCCUGGCCAGCUGAAGCACCUGGAAAGGGUGUCUCACUCGCGGUAUGCCUGGGAGCCCAUCUCCCGCUCGCUGGGACUACGGCGUCUCCUCCAGGUCUCGGACCUCGUCACCAACCCGCGCGCCGUCGGCUGGAGCCACAGUUCGCCCAAGUACUUGCCGCCGCUCCGACAGGUCGACCCGGUGGAAGUCAACGGGUGGCAUUCCCCCGAUCAUCGUCAUCGUGAUCAUCAUCAUCCGGUCGUGCUGGUCGCGACCGCGGAUCGCCUCCCGUUCCUCACGGCCCAGCUGUGCCGGGCCGUCGUCGCCUACGUCUUCAUCGACACGUACCAGGCCACCUUUGCGCGUCACUACCCGGACGUCUGCCACGGUGUGCAGGCCCUCCUCGUCACCAUCGGGUUGCCCAUUCAUGCUUCCGCCGUCAACAGCGAGAUGCUCGUCCGGAGGUAUCUACUGCCUCCCGCAUGCUGGAUGACCUCCUAUGCCUUCGUCGACGGGAUCCACGCCGCGGGCGCCAUCUUCUCCGUUGGCAUCCUCCCCUUCCUCGCCCCAUCCCUCGCUGGCGACCCUUGGAUGCAUCCCCCAGUCUUCGGUCCCCUCCGAUACAUGUUGACCUUCAGCCUCCGAGACAUCUGGGGCAAAAUGUGGCACGACCUCUGUCGUCGUCCCUUUCUCGCCCUCACCCUCGCUAUUAUCCCCUCAGCAUUUCCUCUCCCCCUGAAACGCUUCCUGGUCAUCUGUCUCUCCUUCGCCGUGUCCGGCCUCGUCCACAGCGCCGGAACCUACGCCGUCUCGCACGACUGGACCGCCGUCGCCAUGAUGAUGCUGUUCUUCGGCGUCCUGCCCCUCUGUAUUGCCGCCCAGCAGAUUCUCUCCGAGCAGCUUCUUCCCCGUCUGCUACCUGCCGGUUCUGUUGCCAAGUUCCUCAUCUGGCUCCUUGACGGGGCGUUUGUCAUGGCCUGGGGCUACCAUACUAGCCCUUGGUUCAUUAAGCAUAGUAAGUUGCCCGAGGCUAUGGCAUCCAUUCCUCUGCCGGUUAGUCUGUGGGGGCUUGUCGUCGGUGCUUAGAUCUUGCAUGUCUUCUUUCCUUCCAUUUUCCAUCUUUUCCUUUUUCGGUUUCUGUUUCUUUUCCCUUUCAUUUCCCUUUCCCCAGUGACGCAUCUGGGAUGAUGAUUAAUGAAAGAAGAAGAUGGGGAAGGGGGGGGGUUGGUAUUAAAC